AUGUUACUAUUGCUGACUUUUUUGUUUGUGACUCUGGAUUGUAAUGCGUUCGCGUCAAAAAGUGAUCAUAAUACCUGCAAAAGUGAUGGAACAUCAACAACAUGUAGUGUACGUGUUCUUGAAUCAAAUGGAUCGAGAUUGGUUAUAGCGUCAAAUGAAUAUACGCGCCAGCUAUUUAUUGAAUGUAAUCAAUUGCUCCUGUUUGAAAGUCGUUUAGAAGCAAAUUACUUUCAAAGAUUUUCGAAUUUGGAAGGUCUAACGUUGAGGAACUGCAAAUUGCUGAGAAUACCUGGCAAUGCAUUCGAGGGAUUGCGCGACCUAAAAAAAUUAACUUUACGUACAAAAAACUAUGACUGGAGUUCAAACAAAAACUUAGAACUAUCUUUGGGAACUUUUAAUGGACUAAAGGAAUUACAGGCAUUGGAUUUGGGUGAAAAUAAUUUAAAAACGAUACCAUCAGAUGUUUUCUGCCCAUUGGGGAAUUUGCAAAAAUUAAAUUUAACGUAUAAUAAACUUAAAAGCGUGGACCGAAUCGGAUUGGGAAAAAACUGUGGUCCAGACAUUUUAAGUUUGGAUAUAAGCCACAAUGAAUUGAAAACGUUGAAUGAAGACUCGGAAAUAGCUACACUACGGCGGCUUCAAGAACUUAAACUUCAGCAGAACAGUAUCAGUGACAUUUCAAGUGAAAUAUUCAGCGGACUAAUAUCCUUAAGAAUUUUAAAUAUUUCACACAAUAAUCUUCAGUUUAUACCCGAAGGUACAUUUGCUAAUACUAAGGAACUAAGAGAAAUAUACCUAAAUAAUAAUCAAUUAUUCGAACUAGGUAGGGCAGUAUUUCACCGUUUAGAACAACUUUUUGUGUUAGAUUUAUCUAAUAAUCAACUUUCGAGCACUCAUAUCGACGGCAGUACAUUUGUAGGUCUGAUUCGUUUGAUUAUUUUAAAUUUAUCUAAUAAUGCUUUAACAAGAAUUGAUAAUAAAACAUUUAAAGAUUUAUUUGUACUUCAAAUACUAGAUUUAAGGAAUAAUUCUAUCGGUUAUAUUGAAGAAAAUACGUUCCUACCUUUAUAUAAUUUGCAUACACUAAUCUUAGCGGAAAAUCGCUUGCAUACUAUUGAUGAAUUGCUUUUUAAUGGCCUGUUUGUAUUAAGUAAAUUGAAUUUAAAUAAUAAUUUAUUAAUCAGUAUCGAUCCUAAAGCUUUUAAAAAUUGUUCUGAUUUAAAAGAGUUAGAUUUAAGUUCGAAUCAAUUAGUGGAAGUACCUAAAGCCAUUUGGGAAUUAUCUAUUUUAAAAACUUUAGAUCUUGGAGAAAAUUUGAUCACUGAUAUUAAAAAUGGAUCAUUCAAAAACUUAGAUCAAUUAUCUGGCUUGAGAUUAAUUGAAAAUCAAAUUGGAAACUUAACAAUAGGCAUGUUUUCAGAUUUACCAAGUUUACAAGCACUAAAUAUAGCGAAAAAUAAAGUACAAGCUAUUGAAAGGGGAUGUUUCGAACAAAAUAAGCAGUUGGAAGCAUUACGAUUAAACAGUAAUUUUAUUGUUGACAUUAAUGGAGUUUUUUCGUCGAUAUUAAGUUUGUUAUGGCUAGAUUUAUCAGAAAACCACUUAGUAUGGUUUGAUUAUGCGUUUGUGCCCAGUAAACUGAAAUGGUUGGACAUACAUGGUAAUUAUAUUGAGCAUUUAGGAAACUAUUAUGAGCUUCGUGAACAAUUAAAGAUUACUACUUUGGACGUAAGUCAUAACCGUAUCGUUGAAAUAUCUCCGUUAGUUAUUCCAAACAGUGUAGAAGUACUAUUUAUUAAUAAUAACCGCAUAACAAAUGUGCAAGUUAAUACUUUUAUGGAAAAACGCAAUCUAACAAGAGUUGAUAUGUAUCAAAAUUCCAUAACACAAUUAGAUCUAAAUAGCCUCCGCUUGUAUCCCGUAUCAUUAAAUAAGUCAUUACCAGAGUUCUAUAUAGGAGGAAAUCCUAUAGAUUGUGACUGCUCAAUGGAAUGGCUCCCUUUGAUAAAUAACAUGACGGCUACUAGGCAGUACCCGAGAAUAAUGGAUCUUGAGAACGUAUUAUGUAAAAUGACUCAUACUAGAAGCGUUACUCAUGUAACGCUAAGUAAUCUUAAAGCAACCGACUUUUUAUGUACAUAUGAAACACAUUGUUUUACGCUUUGCCAUUGCUGUGAUUAUGUAGCUUGCGAUUGUCAAAUGACUUGCCCUUAUAAUUGUUCUUGCUACCAUGACCCUACAUGGCACACAAAUGUAGUAGAUUGCUCUAGCCAACGUGCGGCUGUUAUCCCAGAAAACAUACCAAUGGAUGCGACUGAGGUUUAUUUAGACGGUAAUAAGUUUAAAGAAUUGCAAAAUUAUGCAUUCAUCGGUAGAAAAAACAUGAGAUCUCUUUAUGUAAAUUCUAGUGAAGUAGAAAGCAUACAGAAUAGAACAUUUACUGGUUUGUCAUCCCUCGCCAUAUUGAAUCUUGGAAACAAUAAACUCACACAUCUUUACGGAUAUGAAUUUGAAUAUUUGUCGCAACUCCAAGAGCUUUACUUGCAAAACAAUUUCCUAAGCUAUGUGAGCAACACUACAUUCUCUACAUUAUAUUCCCUAAAGUAUUUAAGAUUAGAUGGAAAUAAAUUAAUAGAUUUUUCCAUUUGGAGCUUGAAUGUUAAUAAAAAUUUGCACAAUUUAGCUAUAGGUAAUAAUAUGUGGUCUUGUAAGUGUAGGUAUUUGCAAAGAUUUACUUCUUUUCUAUCAGAAAACGUUCCUAAAAUUGUAGAUAUUUCUGAUUUAUGGUGUUGGAACCCAGACAGUUCCACCUCUCAGAAACGGGAUUUGAACUUAAACGGAACAAUCUGUAGUGAUUACUAUGCCGGAGACACGGGUAUAGAUAACGUUUUAGUAUCGAAUUACGUCCCAAUGCUUAUAACUGCUUUUUCUGGCUUUAUGCUAAUAAUACUGGUCACCCUCGUGAUUUUCUUGUUUCGAGACACAAUACGUAUAUGGCUGUAUUCAAAUUGUGGUAUAAGAUUGUUUCCAUUCACUGGAGCGUACGACGACACUGACAAAUUAUACGACGCUUAUGUAUGUUACAGCCCAAAGGAUGACGACUUUGUUAUUCAAACUUUAGCUGCUGAAUUAGAGAAUGGUAACCCGUCAUAUCAUUUGUGCUUACAUUAUAGAGAUAUACCCCAACAUGGCUCCACGUACAUGCAGUGUACUUUACCGCUCCCCGAGGCAGCCGAAGCCUCUAAGCGCAUUAUUCUCGUACUAACUAGGAACUUCAUUCAAACUGAAUGGUCUCGAUUCGAGUUUAGGCAAGCAUUACAUGAAAUCCUCAAAACUAGAAUUUACACCCUAAUAGUUAUCGAGGAGUGUUCCGUUUUAAAUGAAGCGGAAUGUGAUCCCGAUUUACGACCUUAUUUAAAAACAAGUUCAAGGAUACGAUGGGGACAGAAUAAAUUUUGGGAAAAGCUGAAAUACGCUCUGCCGGAUCGAAAUUUUGGACCUAAAUCAUCAACUAUCAGGCAUAAUAAUGUAAAUUCGUUUAAUAUGCGAGGCAACGUUCAAAAUGGUACGAUGCGAUCGUUUUCUUUUGAUAAAAUGAGGGUUUCUGCCGACGGUGUGAGCGCAUCCCCCGAAUACGUAGAAAACCGAUCGCAGUAUAUACAGUCACCAUACGGGGCAGAUGGUAGGCCUCAAUCUGAUCAUAUUUAUUCUUCUAUCGAUUCUGAUUACUCAUCGUUAGAGUUAGGCGGCGCUAAUAUCAACCGAAGAAGAGAUUUCAGACACUGGCCACCUCCCCCUCCAAUAAUCGACACACAACAAUCGGGUCAGGCUUAUCUAGUCUAG